CAAUCUUCCUGUGCUCUUCGGCAGUAUGUUAAAGUCUCCACCUUAUAUCACAACACCCUUAUAUCUAAUAGCUGCGACGGUUCCUGGAUACGGCAUCUCGCCUGUUUCCGGUUGGUCGUGGAAGAGAUGGCCCGCGGCCGUAAAAACGCCCCCCCUGUGCCGCAAUUCUUCAUCAGUUACUUCUCCUCCCACCUGGUGUUGGCUAAAUCGCUGUUCUCAAUUGACGAUAUAUCCUCUGCCAGUGGGGUAGCCGCCAGCUCCCCUGCCCACAGCUCCCUAGUAGGCACGGUGAGUGAUCAAAAAAUGUCAUGGACUGCCACCAAGUAUCUCGCAACAGUGAUGCCGGUGGACACAUACCAUGAGAUUGAUACAUGGAAUGGCCUGAGUAGCCACAUGCUACUGCUCAUUAAUGAUAUUUUGAGUCUCAGACACGACGCCCAAGUACUUCGUCACCAAUGUUCGGACCUGUCCACUCCCCGUCCAGUGGUGGAACAGAAACAAGCCGCAAUCGCGCAUAAGAUUGCAACCCUGGAAGCAAGUCUAGCUACCACAACACAGAUAAUUCCCGUCUCCUUAUAUGCGGACCGUAGCUCUGCUGAGCCCAGAAAUCAAUUUCGCCUGCUGAAAAGCAUAAGCGAGGCCUAUCAUCUGGCAGCAUAUCUUCUACUGUCAGAGGCGGUUAGUCCUCACUUCCUCGGGUUUACCCCAACCAUAAUCCCAAGUGUUGAGCGGCUCAAGGACCCAGCCCAGAGGGCACGAUAUGUAGACCGCAUCCUUAGCCUCGCAAACUGCGUGGUGUCUUCGGUAGAUCACCUGCCCGUCUCCUGGCCUCUAUGGCCUCUUUUCAUUGCCUCUUGUUGCUGCUCAUGGGACGAAGAGAUUAGAAGCAGGGCUCUGGAAAUAUUUCGCGCCGCCAGAGAAAAGGCUCCUUACGAGAAUAUCCCCCGAGCUCAGACAUUAGUCGAACUAGUCUGGCAGCGCAGGGACAUGCAGAUGGAACCGGACAACGCCAUGAGGGUCGGUCAUUUCGAGUGGGAACCUGCGAUGGAGUCUCUUGGCUGGCAGACGAGCUUUGCUUAGUUUCUUGACGGUUAUGACUCUUAUCCCAUUAUGCCAACUCUAUAUGCCCUUCAAGAAUUACGUCUAUCUUAUUCCACUGGUCCCGCCCUCAGGGCGUACAAACAGAACCGAAAACUCUGCUUCUACCAAUCCAACACAUUACCAGCCUCCCUAGUCGCAGGCUCAAUGACAUGGCCCCGCCUUCCGAUCCCCUCUUCUUAUUCUCUCUGACCCUAUAAAUAGG